AUGGUCACAUCAUUGUCUAAACUUGCUUCUUCUAAUCAUCCCUCCUUUACCAAAAUACGCCCACCUCACUCUGUCAGCGAUAACUCAGGACGUCGCGGGCGAAGUAUCUUUCUGCCACGACGGCAUGUACGUGUACGCCAUCGGACACCCACAAGUCAACGCCACGGCCGACAGCCAUUUUCAUCGCCGGUUCAUACACCAUCAGCUACAAGCUCCUCGAAUGGCUCACCCGAGAACGCCGUUGAGCCACAUGGAGCCACUGAGAGAACUCCAACAGGCGAUCCAGUAACCCAGAACCAAACUUGGCUGGAUUAUGAUACACAGUCUAGACCUGGCCAUACAUCAGAGGUCAGUUCUAUGAUCACGAAAAACGGACACAGGCCUGUCAGUCCACUGCACAUGUCUGAGAUGGAUGUUGUAACAACCCAAAGAAGAGUGUCGCCCUCAUCCCCCAGAGACCAUCCUGGAACCACAGAGGCGCACAAAUACGCUACACCAUCGCAAAUCUCUGGUACAGACGCUUUUAGGGACAUUUCUACGACAAGAAACAACCUCAGUCUGAACAAUGAACUUGUGGAAGCCAUUUCGAGGAAUGUCGCACAACAACUCCACUUGCUGACAAUCAAGGAUGAAUCCCCACGGACAAAGCACAAUCAAAGGAAAGCAGUACCACCAACAUCAGACAGCCUCGAGAAUGACUCAAGGACUACAAGUCAAAGAGAAGCACUUGAUCAUUUCACCCAAGAGCUUCAGCAGUAUGCUGAGCAGUCAGGUGCCAAAGGAAAGCUUGCAGUCUUGACACCAACACCACCUCGGUCUGGUGCAAGCCUCCGGACCAUAGCUGCACUUCUCCCCUUCCGUUCCGAAUUCAAGGCUGCUGGGCUAGCUAUUACUUCAAAGGAUCAAGCAAACCAUCCUUUCUACCCCGGUUCUCUUAAACAUAGAGCUACGACAACCCCGAACUUAAAAUCACUCUCCAAGCAACCGCAUAUUGUUCAGGUGGAUGGUGCUACCCGAUGUCCAAGCUCGAGUACAGAGAUUCCUUUUCCAGCUGCUGAGGAUAUGGAUGAAUGGAGAUAUGCAAUGGUCGAUAAUGAUGAGCGCCCACGAAAGAGAACUACAUCUGCAGACCAAGCACCUAGGACUCGCUGUACUUCAUGCCGAUCUGGUGAUUUGUGCCAUUGUAGUGGCUAG